UGACUCAUGUUGCAGUCACCGCGCUGCCUGGAUAUUGGUGCGAGGAGGGAGGGAGGGAGGAGAGGAGAGGGAGGGAGGCAGCAUCCCGCAGCACACGCUUCUGCCUUCACAAACUGAGCCGCACGCACCGGGGGAAAGUUGGAGGCAACGCAGCCACCGAGGGCUUCCACGAGCUCAGGGUGGUGAGAAAGCAGCAUCUCUCCCAGGCUGUCCUCAGCAAGUGGCAAAGCUCUGUCCCAGCUGGAGCACUGCAGACCACUGUCACCAACCAAACAUGCAGAGCACAUGAGAUCCCUUGGUUGCUCAGAGGAAAGGAGAAGGCAGCAGAGGAGAAGGGAGCAGUUGAGACCCACCAGCAGCUGCCAUGGGGGAUUGGCUCCAACACUGACCUCGCAGAUGGGGCCAACAAGCAUAAGCAAGCCACAGGGCCACAUCUUUCCCUGGAUCAUGUCACUCUUAGCAUGCAAGGAGCAACACUGAAUGUGUGAAUUGACUCUGCAAUGUUCUACAAGGUCACUGUAGGUCCAAGGUCACUUUGGAAAGGGCUCUAGAGCUGCCUUGUAGAGGCUCACACCAAGAAGCUUUGGAGCCAGUGAGAGCAGGACUGCUCCAUCCAUGCAACUGCACUAUGGAUCCUUGUUACAACCAUACAAGCUCUCAAAAAAGGAUGGACUUCCCCUUGCAGCUGCUAGUCGGAUCCUGCCUCACCAUCCUCAUCGUGAUCACUCUCUGCGGUAACAUCAUCGUCUGCCUGGCCGUCACCCUGGACCGCCGGCUCCGCAGCCUGACGAACUGUAUCAUCGUCUCCUUGGCCAUCACCGACCUGCUGCUGGGCCUCCUGGUGCUGCCAUUCUCUGCCUUUUAUGAGCUCACCAAAGACUGGCCCUUCGGCAGCACCUUGUGCAACAUCUACACCAGCCUGGAUGUCAUGCUGUGCACAGCUUCCAUCCUCAACCUCUUCAUGAUCAGCCUGGACCGCUACUUUGCUGUCACCACCCCACUCCGCUACAGCCAGCUCGUCACUCCCUCCCGGGUAGCUGUGAGCUUGGCUGUUAUUUGGACCGUUUCACUGAUGGUUUCCUUCCUACCCAUUCACCUGGGCUGGAACACCAAUGGCACAGCAGUCCAAAACACAGUCCCCAACUGCAACAGGGAGUGCACACUGGAGGUGAACCCUGUGUAUGGGCUAGUGGACUCACUGCUCACCUUCUACAUCCCCCUGGUCAUUAUGUGCAUCACCUAUUACCGGAUAUUCAAGAUAGCAAGGGAGCAAGCCAAGAGGAUAAACCACACGUGGUGCUGCAGCAGCAACACCCACAUGCCGCCCAUGGUGAGGGAGCACAAAGCCACCGUGACACUAGCGGUGGUGAUGGGAGCCUUCAUCGUGUGUUGGUUCCCCUAUUUCACAGUGUUCACAUACCGGGGGAUGUGGGGGGACAGUAUGGUGAAAGGCACACCCAUGUCCAUUGUCCUCUGGCUGGGCUACGCCAACUCGGCCUUGAACCCCAUCCUCUAUGGGACACUCAACAGGGAUUUCCGGGUGGCUUACCAGCACUUGCUGCACUGCUGGAAGACUGGGGGCCCCAUGAGCUCUGGCCUGCCUCCCCCCCAAAAGGCCCAUUCCAGGGGCAGGAACUGCAGUCAGAGCCAGGGCAAGCAGGAGGGCAAACCCCUGAAACUGGAGAUGAGGAACGGGAAGGGGGUCUUGCUGACCGAUGGAGCCCUCAAGAGGCAUAGAGAAAAGACCAGCAAUCAGGAGUGGGAAUACUGAAAAACUACAGCCAGUCUCAGGGGCAUCAGGAGCAGGAACAGAGUGAGAGUCACCACUGCCUUGGAAAUCAAAAGGCCACAGGAGCACCACAGCCAUUAAGGGGCUGGAGGCAUUUCCAUGGUGCCAGAGCUCUCCCAUGAGCCUUAGCCAGCCUCCUGCCCUGGGACCCACAGCUCCCAGCCUUCAACUCCUGGCUGCCCUCUUCCAAAGUCCCAUGAGGUUGAAAGGACAACACUCAGUUUUCCUCAGGGAGCAACUCGACAACAGAGGCGAGGGCUGCAGGGAUCCCUGCUCUGGCAAACAACAUUUGCCCUGUCCGCAAACACUGCUGAGGAGCCUUCACCUGCCCAAGGGGGUGUGUUUGAAGAGCCCUUGGAGGAGCUGCAGAAGAGCUUCUCUCCUGCCCCACUGAGGCCGUGACACCUCCAGUGUCAAGCCCCAUGCCAGCAGGCAGUGGUGCCCAAGGAGCUGGGUCAGCAGCCAACACAUAUCCCCAGCAGGGCUGAGCUAGGAGUGCCCUCCACAGACCCCC